UUCUAAGGACAGUCUGACUCCUCUGCCCUGGAACGUGUUUAUUUAUGAAGGAGACAGAGAGCCGUGUCUUGAACUUGCCCUGAUCCUCCGUCCUCCACAGCCUAGGAUUACAGGUGUGCCCCUGAUUUGUUCCCACCUGGGUUUGGGACCCAGGGCUUUGUACGCUUUGGCAGCAAGCACCAUCUAAGCCACGUUCCCUGCCUCCCUGCAAACCUGUUUGAAAGAACAGCGAGACCUCCAGUAUGCCGAAGAGGGUGAUUCUGCCCGCCCCUCUGGGACCCCCCUCCGCCUAAAGUCCGAAUUGUGAAGGCCUAUUUUACGGCACAUGUAGGAGUCAAAUCCCACCCCAUCCUGCUACCGGUGAUGGAACCAGAGCCGCUCUGGUACUAGGCAAGCUCUCCGCGGCUCGAGCGCCAUAGCCCCUUCUCACCCACUUUAAAAACCUGGUGACUGAUUAGAGACGUCACACCUGGCUAGGGAGUCCCGCUCGCUCCAGGGCUGGACCACCCCAGCGCGGCUACCAGGGGUUGUGGGCACCCCAAGAGGCGAAGGCAGGUGGUAACGAAACUAGGGACCCCCUCGUUGUCUGGGAGUCUGAGUCCUGGAGGUCACCCACUUCCUUCCUGUUCGCCUCAGCGGAGAGGUGCGAGUGAGAAAUCCACAGCAAGCCCUGCGCUGAGCGACCUGGGGCGAGUCGCGGACCCUCUCUGAGCCUUUAUACGAAGCACUGAACGAGGGAUUCCGGGAUCCGCACUAGCAGAAACCGGAGGGCUUGGUGCGGAUGCACUUCUGCCCCAGGGAAUAAAGACUCGGUGAUCUCCACUUCUGCUCCAGGAGCCAGAUUGCCUCUUGCAGGCUCCCUGAGCAACCUGCCAAGAUGGACGCAUGGACCGUGCUGCUGGGCCUGCAAGUCAUGUCCCUCCCGCUCCUGGCUCACUGUGCAGCCCCGACUCCCACCCUGAAAUUUGUAGCUGUGGGUGACUGGGGAGGGGUCCCCAAUGCCCCAUUCCACACAGCCCGGGAAAUGGCCAAUGCUAAAGAAAUCGCCAGAACCGUGCAGAUUAUGGGUGCUGACUUCAUCAUGUCCCUAGGGGACAACUUCUACUUCACUGGAGUGCACGAUGCCAAUGACAAGAGGUUCCAGGAAACCUUUGAGGACGUGUUCUCUGACCGUGCCCUCCGCAAUAUUCCCUGGUACGUGCUAGCUGGAAACCAUGACCACCUUGGCAAUGUCUCAGCACAAAUCGCGUACUCCAAGAUCUCCAAGCGCUGGAACUUCCCAAGCCUUUAUUACCGUUUGCACUUCAAAAUUCCACGGACAAAUGUAACUGUGGCCAUCUUCAUGCUGGACACAGUGACACUCUGUGGCAACUCUGAUGACUUCAGCAGUCAGCAGCCCAAAAUGCCCCGCGACCUGGGAGUGGCCCGCAGUCAACUGUCCUGGCUCAAAAAGCAGUUGGCAGCAGCCAAGGAAGACUACGUUUUGGUGGCUGGCCACUACCCCAUCUGGUCCAUUGCCGAACACGGCCCCACCCGCUGCCUGGUCAAGCACCUGCGGCCAUUGUUGGCCACAUACGGGGUCACUGCCUACCUGUGCGGACAUGACCACAACUUGCAGUAUCUUCAGGAUGAAAACGGAGUGGGCUACGUGCUGAGUGGGGCCGGCAACUUCAUGGACCCCUCUGUGCGACACCAACGCAAGGUCCCCAACAACUACCUGCGCUUUCACUAUGGAUCCGAGGACUCCCUGGGUGGCUUCACAUAUGUGGAAAUAAGCCCCAAAGAAAUGACCAUCACCUACGUGGAGGCUGCUGGGAAAUCACUCUUCAAGACCAGCCUGCCCAGGCGGCGCAGACUCUGAGCACCAUAGGGUUCCGCUUGUCCCCUGAUGGCUCUGAGGCAGGAAGCCUCCCCACACAUGGCGGGUGGGUGCUGUGAGGACCUCACCCACCGGCAGCCUUUUCUCUGGCCCCUGGUGCUCUGGCAGAGUGGGAAGGAAAACCACAGAGGCUUACAUACAUGGAAGAAGUAUGUGCACACCGACUCUCCCCAUCCCACAGCCAGGCUCACCCCUGAUGUUUUGGGGUAGAGCUUUCUAGGAGUGAGGGUUUCUUCUAAGACAAGCAUCUUAUUGUC